AUGAGACGCCUUGAAUGCAAUGAGUGCAGCGAGGCAAUGCCAUUUGUCAUGGAAGUGCAUUAUGGAGCGGCUGAGACAUUAGACACCGAGGCGACGACAGAUGCAACCCCCUUGAACCCAAUCGAUAGCUGGCUGCAGACCCUCAGACCACAUUACCAUCCUCCGGGUACACAUGUCGACCUGGACGGCACAUGGUGUAUGGCGCGGCGUCCAACGCUCCAAACACAAUUAGCAACGCCAUAUGCCUCAUUUGAAUGUGACAAAUACAAUGGUCCUUUGUACAAACAGUCCUCAGAUUGCAAGAAGUUUGUCAACGAGGGUCAGGCAAAUCCAAUAUACGAGAUGACACAUGGGACUAUCAUCAACUAUAGGACCUCGCCAGCCACCGAAGCCAAGGUAAACAAACAGCCCCAAAAUAGUGCCCCAUAG